AUGGCUGAUCAACCAGCCAGACCGAAAGAAGACAAGCAGACGUCGCCCCUGAGAUCAAAGAUCGUACGCUCCCAGAAGAUCUCCGCCGCCGCCCCAGGCCCCUCUCCCUCCCCGUCUCCCUCCUCGGAGCGCGCAGAUGUGCCGACCCCUCUCCCAAAGUACGACAGCUAUCAAGACUCGACCGCCGCCCCGGACCGUGCCCCUCCUGUGCCGCGCAGCCAUACGCCAGGCCACCUCUCCUCCAAGAGCCAGGUGUCCAGACGCAAGCCCUCCACGUCCGAGCUCUCAAUAAGGCAGCGCGCCCAGUCUGCUGCAGCCGUGUCCUCUGCUUCGACCCCGAACGCCUCCUCCAGCGGCCCGCCCCCCGUCAGUAUAAGGAACGCCGCGGCAGCCUCAUCCUCAAGCGUGAACAAACCGAGGGAGAAUGGCGAGCAGAGGGGGGACGGCAGGCCAGAGUCAAGAGACGAUGCAUCCGCCGGUGGGGCCCGCCCACCAGCCCUACGAUCUACGUCAGCCAUAGCAAGCAAGGCGGGACCGUCCGCCCCCUCGACGGACUCACGCUCGACCACCAACGGCACCACCCGGUCAUCCACCACCCACCGCGCCUCAGCGACAUCCACCCCGAAGCACUCGGCCGGCGGCACAUACAAGCCAUUCCCAGCCCUCGCCUCCCCUACAACCUCCACCCACGUCGCCCCGGCCCCGAGCUCCGGCAUGUACUGGUCACGAGCCCCCGUCUCAGGCCGCCCACACCCGGCCCUGAGGGCCCACACAACAACAAUCAUCGGCAGCAACAUCUACGUCUUCGGCGGCUGCGACAGCCGCGCCUGCUUCAACGACCUCUACGUCCUCGAUGCUGACGCUUUCCAUUGGUCACAACCAUACGUGUCAGGCGACAUCCCCGUCCCGCUGCGGGCCAUGACCUGCACCGCCGUGGGCAAGAAGCUGGUCAUCUUCGGCGGGGGUGACGGGCCUGCGUACUACAACGAAGUGUACGUGCUCGACACGGUGAACUUCAGGUGGACCAAGCCGCGCAUUCUGGGAGACCGGAUCCCUUCUAAGAGACGGGCGCACACGGCAUGUCUGUACAAGAACGGCAUCUACGUGUUCGGCGGCGGGGACGGCGUGCGGGCACUGAACGACAUCUGGAGGCUGGACGUGAGCGAUCUGUCCAAGAUGAGCUGGAAGCUGGUCUCGAGCCCCACCGACGAGGUCAGCAGCAAGACCAGGUCGCCCGGCGGGAGCAUCACCCCCGGCAAGGAGUCCAAGCCCAAGGCCCGUGGCUACCACACCGCCAACAUCGUCGACGGCAAGCUGAUCAUCUUUGGCGGCUCCGACGGCGGCGAGUGCUUCAACGACGUGUGGGUGUACGACAUCGAGACCCACGCGUGGAAAUCUGCGCCCGUGAGCGGGACGUUUAGGCGGCUCUCGCACACCGCGACCAUCGUAGGGUCCUACCUGUUCGUGAUCGGCGGUCACGACGGCAACGAGUACUCCAACGACGUCCUGCUGCUCAACCUGGUGCAGAUGACGUGGGACAAGCGCAAGGUCUACGGGCUGCCGCCCAGCGGGAGGGGCUACCACGGGACCGUGCUGCAUGACUCCCGGCUGUUGACAAUCGGGGGCUUCGACGGCGGCGAGGUGUUUGGUGACGUGUGGAUCUUGGAGAUGGCAGUGCAUGCGUAUUACUCGCAAAUCAGCCACUUCCAAAUCGAGCUGUAG